AUGGAGCAAGUCGAAGCCCUCGUGGACCGGGCUAACCACCUAGCACUCUACGAGCCACCUAAGACAGCCACACACACCGUGGACAAAUUCCACCCAUCUUUGGACGAUCAUAUCCAGAAGAUCUACACGUCUGUUCAUGCAGAUGCUCCAACUGCGAACUAUUUCCUCAAAGAAAUCCAACAUGACAUUACCCCCGCAGAUUCUUCCGAGCCAGUCGCCAAAGCUUUGGCUUCUCUGGAUGCCUUUCGUGCGUACAUGAAAGAUGGGGACUCAUCUGCGAUGGGACCAGAAGAAGGCCUGGAUCUUUCUGCACCUCUUUCAGAUUAUUUCAUCUCAUCGAGCCACAACACUUAUCUGACGGGGAAUCAACUGUACAGCGAUGCUGCUUCUAGUGCCUAUACCUCUGUCCUCCUCCGCGGCUGUAGGUCCGUCGAGAUUGAUGUCUGGGAUGGGGAAUUGGACAGCGACAGCGAGACAAGCAGCGACAGUAGCAGUGAUUCAGAAACGGAAGAAGGGAGGGUCGGGAGCAAGUCGAAAGAAAAGACGAAGGCCAAGAAAAGCGGCCAGGAAAAAUCCGCUAAAGGACAGAAAGGAUCUUUCUCAUCCAAAUUGGAAGCUAAACUUGGUGGCGUCCUUCGUCGCAGAUCAGCCAAAUCGCCCCAGCGACCACCGGACGAAGAGGCCGCUACAAGCCACAUGCCUGUUCCCAUUGAGCCUCGUGUUCUGCAUGGCCAUACCCUAACCAAGGGAACCACAUUCCGUGAAAUCUGCUAUGCAAUCCGUGACAGUGCAUUUGUUGCCAGUGACCUUCCACUGGUCAUUAGUCUCGAGGUACAUGCGUCUCUCGAGCAGCAACAGACGAUGGUCGACAUCAUUCUGGAGGCGUGGAAAGGAUUGCUCGUGGAGGCUUCUCCGAAUGAUGGGAAGCUUCCCUCCCUAGCCGAUCUGAAGAGGAGGAUCUUGAUUAAGAGCAAAUGCGUUCCACUCAGCGGCGAGGAGGAGAAACCCGAAGGGGAAGCUCUGACACCGCAGAAAUCCGAUAAGUCCUCGGGGCAGCAGGCGCCGAAGCCAUCAAAGAUUCUUGACGCUCUGGCUAAGCUGGCUGUUUAUACUCGCGCGUAUCAUUUUAGUCAUUUUGAUCAACCGGAGGCCAAAGUUCCUCUCCAUGUGUUCUCGCUCUCCGAGAAAGCAGCACGAGAAGCCCACGCCAACCAGCGCGACGCCUUGUUCGAGCAUAACCGAACAUCUCUGAUGCGCAUCUACCCGUACGCAUUCCGGGUCAACUCAUCAAACCUUGAUCCAACAUUCUACUGGCGACGUGGCGCUCAACUAGUAGCAUUGAACUGGCAGAAUAUAGACAAAGGCAUGAUGCUCAAUCAUGGGAUGUUUGCCGGAUCCCACGGCUGGCGACUAAAGCCCCCCAGCUACCGAAGUAGCAAUUCUCUGACGGAGGUUAUGGAGCGCCGCAGCUUAACCCUCUCAAUCGAGAUAUAUGCCGCGCAAGACCUCUCCCUGCCCCCGGGCGACCACAGCGAGAGGGGAUUUAAACCCUAUGUGAACUGCCAGCUGCACGUCGAAGAACCCGGAAACAAUGUUACCCCGGACCAGGACGACGCCAGCUCCGACGCAGAGAAGAGCAGCUACAGGCGAUGCACGAAGAGUUCUUCAGGUCGGAAUCCGGACUUCAAGGGCCAGAAAUUGGAGUUCCCGACCGUAGCGGGAAUAAUUGAGGAGUUGAGUUUCCUACGGUUCAAGAUCAAAGAUGACGAGCUCGGUCGGGACCCGUUGGCUGCGUGGGCUUGCAUCCGACUUGACCGGCUGCGGGAGGGCUAUCGGCUUGUUCACCUGCAUGAAUGCGCCGGCGAGAAGACGGGGGGUGUCUUGCUAGUUAACAUUGUAAAGCGGGUUACUUAA